CGUGCGCAUCCCGGUCCCGACCCGAGCAAAUAUGCAAUGGUCCCUUUCCGAUUUGCCGAAUCCUCUUCUCCCUCCACCACCAACAACCAUCUCUGCUGCAUUCUCAUUCCGACACUUUUAACGAAUUCGUUAAUGCACCAGCAGACAAAUCGGGUGCAGGGUCAAACUUCUCUUUCUUUCUGGAUUCCAUUCGUCUCCGUGGCAGAAAAAACACCGUAUUUGCCUUCCUCUCCAAUGCAAUCAAGACCCAUUUCUUCAUCCAGUCUUCUCCGUUUAUCUUUUGUUGAUCACUGUCAUCAAUCCUCGUGCUUUCUGGUGAAAGAAAGUGCAUAUCUUUGUGUAUUGGGGGAGUUGGGUUCUGCUCUGGGCGCUCAGUUUUGCUUGUAAUCAAGAGUAGCAACAUCAUCAUCGCGGCGCGUCUUUUCAUCUCAGAGCUGAUCCUCAAAACAGACUACUUGACACCCCAUCAUGAGUGCCGCAGAUACAACUGAGCCAAGUUAUUGGUUGAACUGGAGAUUCGCCAUCUGUGCAGCUUUCAUUGCAGUUGCUAUUUCUCUGUCAGGUUUUCUAAUAUGGAAGAAUGAAGGUUCCAAGGAAUCGGAUUCCGAGUGUGAGUCUGAAUCCGUGAGAAUAGAAAGUCCUCCAACCAGAGUUGGGUCCUUGUAUGCGGAUGAAGCUUGGAAAACAUGUCUCAAGACGGUUCAUCCUGUUUGGUUGCUGGGUUUUAGGAUAAUUGCUUUCAUUGUAAUGUUCGGGCUACUUGCAGCAAAUACUGUCAGGGAUGGAGGAGGCAUUUUCUACUUCUAUACUCAGUGGACAUUCACUUUGGUGACCAUCUAUUUUGUGCUUGGAUUAGCAAUGUCCAUUUACGGAUGCUGCAAACAUUGUGAUGCUUCGGGCAGGGUUGCUCGGGAACGCUUUGAUGCUGAGAGAGGAACUUACAUGGCGCCCACCCUUGUGGAAAUCGGAGACUCAUCCAACCAUAUAAAAGGUUCAGCUGUCCAUCGAGAACCUUUCACUGAGAAAAAGCAAACUGCAGGUGCAUGGGGCUAUAUCAUCCAAAUCAUCUUUCAGACUUGUGCAGGUGCUGUGGUGCUCACCGAUUGUGUAUUCUGGUUCAUCCUUUAUCCAUUUCUAAUGGCUGCAGAUUUCAGGCUUGAGUUUAUAAAUGCCUGCAUGCAUUCAGUGAAUGCAGUUUGCCUGCUUGGUGACACCGCGCUGAAUGGCAUGCGGUUCCCCAUGUUUCGAAUGGCGUAUUUCGUCUUAUGGACAAGCAUCUUCGUGCUUUUCCAGUGGAUUAUCCAUGCCUUUGUGUCGAUGUGGUGGCCAUAUCCAUUCCUUGACUUGUCAUCUAAAUAUGCUCCCCUGUGGUACCUGGGAGUGGGAGUUAUGCAUAUUCCUUGUUAUGGGUUCUUCGCUCUGAUAGUUAGGUUGAAAUAUUUUUGGUUGGCAAGAUCGUUCCCUGAUUCAUGCCAUGUCUUCAGGUGAAAAACAUGGCACUUGCUCUAGUAGCAGCAAGCUGGAAGAAAUUAGUUUAUGUGCCGAGAGGAUACAGAUCCUUUGAUUAAUUGUAUCAGAGUCAAUGUUAUGAAACCAGGGGUUUCCGUAACUUGGCUCUCAAGUUUCUGUAACAU